AUGGCCAGUAAACAGCUACGAAUUCUUGUCCCGGUCAAGAGGGUCAUAGAUUACCAGAUUAAGCCAAGAGUUAACAAAACAGGUACAGCAGUAGAGACUACCGGUGUGAAGUUCAGUAUCAAUCCGUUCGAUGACAUUGCAGUCGAGGAAGCCGUCAGAAUAAAGGAAAAGAAUAAAUCUUUGGUGGAAAGUAUCCAUGCGGUGUCGAUCGGACCAGCCAAGGCGCAAGAUAUCUUGAGAAACUGCCUGGCCAAAGGUGCAGACACCUCGACCCUCAUAGACUCCAAGGAUGUCGUUCUAGAACCGUUGGCGGUAGCCAAAGUGUUAAAGCAAGUUGUGGAGAAACAAAACUCGAAUUUGGUGAUCAUGGGAAAGCAAGCAAUCGACGACGAUUGCAACAACACCGGUCAGAUGCUAGCUGGAUUGUUGAACUGGCCACAGGCGACCAAUGCGGCCAAAGUUGAGUUCACAGAUAAUGGAAAAGUGAACGUGACCCGCGAAGUGGACGGCGGUGAAGAAGUGGUGAGCGCUUCGUUGCCUCUAGUGAUCACCACGGAUCUGCGUCUAAAUGUCCCACGUUACGUCGGUUUGCAAAACUUGAUGAAGGCCAAGAAGAAGCCUAUGGAAAAGCUGGCCUUGAAGGACUUCUCGAACGUGGACCUAGAACCAAGACUGAAAGUGCUCUCUGUGGAGGAACCACAGCCAAGAGCCCCGGGCGUCAAAGUCAACUCUGUCGAUGAAUUGGUCGACAAGCUAAAAGAAGCCAAAGUUAUUUAA